GGCCUACUUUGUCGGCCGAACGCAGUGUCGAGGCCUUCGGUCUCGAGUAUUUGGAUCAACUGCUGAUGCAUUGGCCGACGCCUUUCCGCCAACAAAACGAACACUUCUUUCCUCUCGAUUCCGACGGAAAGUGUUUCGAAGACCAAGACAUCGAUAUUCGCGACGUUUGGCGAGAGUUCGCAGAAAUCAAAGCCAAAGGUCUCGUGCGGUCGAUCGGCGUCUCGAACUUCAACGCCCGCCAAUUGGAGGCCAUAAUAGCGGAUACUGGAGUGCCUCCGAGUGUCAAUCAAGUGGAAAGCCAUCCCUUUUUGGCGAACGAAAAGUUGCGUCAGUUCUGCGCCGACAAAGGCGUCCAAUUGGUCGCCUACUGUCCGCUCGCGCGCGUCGGGCGCUCCGGAGACGAGUCGCCGCUCGCGCAUCCGCUCAUCCGGUCGUUGGCCGCGAAACACGCGACGACUUCGGCCGCCGUUUGUCUUCGAUGGCAAACCCAAAGAGGAGUUCUUGUGAUUCCGAAAAGCGAUUCGAGACAACGAAUGGCAGAAAACCUGCGAAUCUUGGACUUCGAGCUCUCGGCCGACGAAAUGUCAGAAAUCCUUUCUCUCGAUCGCGGCCUAAGACUCGUCCGACACGACAAAUACGGCGUCUCUGCGCACAGAGAGUGGCCGUUCGCGGAUCCCUUUUGA